AUGGCGAAUAACGUAAUCAAGAUCUCUCGAGUCGGUCCUACAACAAGUUUGGUCGACCCUCUCAUUCUCCCUCUCACUUUCUUCGAUCUGGUGUGGCUAACAGACAAUCCUACGAGCCGAGUCACCUUCUACAAAUUCACUGAGUCAUCUCACGACUCCUUCUACUCAGUGAUCCUCCCCAAGCUCGAACAAUCACUUUCCCUUGUCCUCACACACUUUCUCCCUCUCUCCGGUCACGUCAAAUGGAACCCACAAGAUCCUAAGCCGCACAUCAUCGUCUUCCCACAUGACGGUGUUCCUCUCACAGUGGCCGAGUCCGAAGCUGAUUUCUCACGUCUCACCGGCAAAGGGCUUCGUCACCGGACCGAGCUACGCGCUCUAGCGCCCGAGUUACCCGUUUCCUCUGACUCAGCACCUGUUCUUACUCUGCAAAUCACCUUGUUCCCUAACCAAGGCUUUUGCAUCGGAAUCACAAUCCACCAUCUUGCCGUGGACGGCAACACUGUGGUGAAGUUUCUCAAAUCUUGGGCUCACAUCUCUAAGUACGGAACAUUACCGAAAAAUGUUCAUUUACCUAUGCUUUUAGAUCGUACGGUCAUCAACAUUCCAACAGAACUCGAAUCCAAGAUCUUCGAAUUCCCGCCGUUCAUCUCACAGGACAAAACCUACGUAAGAGCCCUAAAGCUCCCUCCAACCAAAGACACCGAAGAUGUCGUCAAGAUGACACUCGAGCUGACUCAAGAGAACGUUGAAAAACUCAAAGAACGAGUCAAGAACGUAUCAACUCGAACCGAUCUUCACCUGUCGACUUUUGUAGUCACUUACGCUUACGUAUUGACAUGUGUGGUGAAGGCGCGUGGAGACGACGCUGAUCAACUAGUUCCUUUCACGUACGUUGCUGAUUUCAGAGACCGGUUAGACCCACCGGUUCCGGUUAACUACUUUGGGAACUGUGUGUUACCUAUCAAUUUCUCUGGAGACAAAGCCAAUACGUUUUUGGGAGAAGAUGGAUUCGUCAAUGCUGUCAAGAUUCUCAGCGAUUCGAUCAGAGGUGUGAGCUCGCGAGGAGCUGAGUCCAUAUGGGAGUUGUAUGAGGAAGGAUUAAAGAAGAUCGAAAAAAUUACACAGAAGAAGCUGUCUGUUGCUGGAUCUAACAAGUUUGGGAUAUACGGGUCGGAUUUUGGGUGGGGAAGACCCGUUAGUACAGAGAACGUAUCUAUUAGCCCAAACCUUCUCUUCUCUAUGUCGGAGAGGAGGGAUGAGACAGGUGGUGUGGAGAUUGGUAUGUGUUUGAAGAAACAUGAGAUGGAUGCUUUUGUUUCUCAUUUUCAAAAUGGAUUGUAA